GUCAGAGUUUGUCAGAUGAAUAGAGGACAUAUGACCGAUGAGCGAUGUAGUCCGGAUAUUACCUUUUUGAAAUGUUUCCUGUGUCAGGGGCCACGCUUAUCUUUGGGCGCCUCAGAUGACAGUGCGUCCGCAGCCAGCAGCAUGGAGGUUACCGACCGCAUCGCCUCCCUGGAGCAGCGGGUCCAGAUGCAGGAGGACGAGAUCCAGCUGCUGAAGUCGGCUCUGGCCGACGUGGUGCGGAGGCUCAACGUGUCCGAGGAGCAGCAGGCCAUGGGCUCACGCAGAGGACCCACCAAAGACGCUGCUUUGAUGAGAAAGUCUCCAUCAGCAGGCAGCAAUGUUGGGAAGCCAGCUGCAGCGAUUCAGCAGCCUGCUCCUCUCCACUGGAGCACAAUGCCAGGCCCAUGAUGGCCACCUUGCCAUUACGGCCCACAGUGAACAACGGGACCAUUCUACCAAAGAAAGGCAGCGGCACCCUGCCCUCGCCAUCUGGACCGGGGUCCAGGAAGGACACCAGCACUCCAGCCAGCAAGAGGUUAUCAAUCUUGUCUGUCAGUGGAACAAGUUCCUUUUCCCAUCAUUGGAGGACAUUACCAUAAUGAAGCUCAGCAGGCAGCAGGGGCCAGCUCCAAUCCAACCAGCUGUUUUGUCCUCUCUGUCUCGUUCGGCCAGAUUUCUCUACCUGCCCCUGAGCACUGUGAGGAGAGCCAACUCAAACGAACACGUGGGAACUCUCACGCGGAAAGAUUCGGGCGACUCCAAGGGCAACCGAACUCGUGCCGGAUCCACCGGCAGCAACUCCAGCGGCAAAAGAAGCGACGGCAAACAGAGGGAUCCAGUGUUCAAUGCAGGGAUGAGACGUGUGACCCACUGCAAAGAGGAAGGUUAUGUGAAAAUGUACUUGAAAGGUCGUCCCGUCACCAUGCACAUGCCCAAAGAGCAGGUGGACAGCUACUGUCUGGAGGCCAGAGCCGACCUGCCCGGCAACAAACUCAAACUGGACUGGGUUUACGGUUACCGAGGUCGAGACUGUCGCUCCAAUCUUUAUCUGCUGCCCACCGGGGAGACGGUGUACUUCAUCGCCUCAGUGGUCGUCCUGUUCAACGUGGACGAGCAGCUGCAGCGACACUACACCGGACACACGGACGACAUCAAAUGCCUUGCCGUCCACCCCGAUAAAAUCACCAUAGCAACCGGUCAGGUGGCGGGCACCUCUUCAGAUGGAAAACAGCUGGCUCCUCAUGUCCGGGUGUGGGACUCUGUUAGCCUCCACACGCUCCAUGUUCUAGGUGCAGGCUUCUUUGACCGAGCCCUGGUCUGCUUGGCUUUCUCCAAGUCGAAUGGAGGAAACACAUUGUGUGUCGUAGACGACUCCAAUGACCACGUCCUCUCCGUCUGGGACUGGCAGAGGGAGGACAGACUGGCUGAGGUCAAGUGCUCCAACGAGUCAGUGUUUGCUGCAGACUUCCACCCAACAGACAGCAACAUCGUGGUGACCUGCGGCAAGUCCCACCUCUAUUUCUGGCACCUGGAGAAAGGUGUGCUGGUCAAGAAACAAGGACUGUUUGAGAAACAGGAAAAGCCCAAGUUUGUUUUGUGCGUGACCUUUGCAGAGAACGGAGACGCCAUCACAGGAGACUCAAGUGGGAACAUCCUGGUGUGGGGAAAAGGCACUAAUCGCAUCAGCCACGUCAUCCAGGGAGCUCACGAGGGCAGCGUCUUUGCUCUGUGCAUGCUGAGGAACGGCACCCUGGUGUCGGGAGGUAAAGACCGCAGGCUCAUCUCCUGGGACGGCGGCUAUCGCCAGAUACAAACGGUGGAGGUGCCUGAGUUGUUUGGACCAAUCAGGACCAUCGCUGAGGGCAGAGGGGAGACCGUGCUCAUCGGCACCACCAAACACUUUGUUCUGCAAGGCAGUUUGGAUGGAGACUUCAUGCCUAUUAUGCAGGGUCACACUGAUGAGUUGUGGGGUUUGGCUGUGCACCCCUGGAAGCCUCAGUUUGUCACCUGUGGCUAUGACAGGCAGGUCUGCCUGUGGGACUCCAGUUCCCAUCAGCUCAUCUGGAACAAGAGUAUGGAAGAUGCUUCCCAAUCAGCAGGCUUCCACCCGUCUGGAGCUGUGGUUGCCAUAGGGACCCAGAAUGGCAGGUGGCUGGUACUGGACUCUGACUCCAAGGAUCUUGUCACCGUGCACACAGAUGGGAACGAACAGCUGUCUGCUAUGCGCUACGGGCCCGAUGGCAACUUUCUGGCCAUCGGUUCCCACGACAACUACAUCUAUAUCUACGCCGUGGCGGAAAACGGGAGGAAGUACAGCCGAGUGGGGAAGUGCUCGGGUCACUCGAGCUUCAUCACUCAUCUGGACUGGUCAGUGGACUCCCAGUACCUGGUUUCUAACUCGGGCGACUAUGAGAUACUCUAUUGGAUCCCAUCAGUGUGUAAGCAGGUGGUCAGUGUGGAGACCACCAGGGACAUCGAGUGGGCCACGCACACCUGCACCCUGGGCUUCCAGGUCUUCGGCUUGUGGCCCGACGGCUCGGACGGCACCGACGUCAACGCCGCCUGCAGGUCCAGUGACAAAAGCCUUCUGGUCACCGGCGACGACUUCGGGAAGGUCCAUCUAUUCUCUUACCCCUGUUCGCAGUUCAGGGCUCCCAGCCACGUGUAUGGUGGCCACAGCAGCCACGUGACCAACGUGACCUUCCUGCACGAUGACGGCUACCUGGUGUCAACAGGAGGGAAGGACAUGAGCGUGAUGCAGUGGAGGAUAGUCUGAGGGAGCUCGCAGAACCGGAUCCUGAGUUACUGCUGCUGAGGCCUGAAAUCCAGCUGAAGCAAACUAAACUGAACUUAAAAAUAACUCAGAAGCUUAAUAAUGUGGCUUUGCUGAACUGAAGUGAAUUGACAGAAGAGGAACAAGAGGUUUUCUUCCUGAUCUGCUCUCAGAUCCCAAACGAGACAAACUGUUGGAGGUGUUUUUGUGCAGUUGCUUGAAAUACAAAAAUUGUGAAUAUUUUGCUUUUUCUCUAAUCACACUACACACCAUUGAAUCCCUCUCUCUCUCUCCCGAAAUGUAGCCAAGUCCCCAACGACAUGAGUGAAAUCAAACAGGUCCAAACUAGACAGAACCAAAGUCUCCGACUUUCGGAGCGCACCGGCAUAGUUUCACUCUUCUCAUUCCCGCCACAGACGAUGCACUGAAGAGGUUCAUCUCUGCGCUGAAGAUGCGAGAGCAUUGGAACAAAAACUAUGUACGGAAAGAACGAACAUAGGGCUUUUCUUAUUGAUGAACUUUUGUGUGUUUUGUAUUUAACAACUCAGGAAAAGCACCGGUCGAGCAGAAGUUGUCUCUUGUAUUGACAUUGGCAUAUCAGAACAAGAGAGGUGUCGAAUGCGGUUAAUAUCAGAUUCAACUGUUGACCAACCAUUCUUCAUUUAUUUGAAUGAAAACUACCCGUGCAGUCGUGAUGAUAACUAGAUAUAGCAAGUCUAAACACUUUUUACGUUUUUGUGCAUCCAAAUCUUAUAAAAAGGCACCUUUAAUUAAUUCAUUUUUUAAAUCUUCUCUCCCAAUUCAAGUUCCUUUGAGGUUUUCCCUGAAAUACCUCCCAGUUGAAUCCAAUAUGAGUGCACACUAAAAGGCUUGAGACUGCUAAUGAGAAAAAUUUAGGGGGAUCUUUUCAAAGUGUUUCAGAUUUUUGGGGAAGGGUUGUUUUCUUUCUUGCCUUUGCCUCAAGGUGCAAAAAAAUGAAAAGCAAGCAUGUUUUUUUUCUUUUUUUAAUGAUGUGAAUCCUGUUAAAUCUGCAUCCAUCAGCAUUUUAUUGCACUAGGAUCAGUUCAGAAAGUAGAAGGAAGAGACCAUUACACUGUAUCUGUUUACAUCUGAUGUGCUUCUCGGUUGCGCACCAUCAGUCUCUGAAAAGUUAUUUAAUUGAACCUUCUUAAGUGUUUUUUUUCCUAUAAUGCAUUGCUUCACAGUGUAAAAUAUACAGCAGGUCUCUUCAUCUGCACAAAUGAUCAUUUAGUCCUUACCGGAGCUUUUCAUGAUCCAAUGAUGUCUGUUUUCAACGUCCCAAACUGCGUCCUACACCUCCUCUAUGUCACACUCGUCAACUUGCUGUCAUCAGCAGGCUAAUAUCACACACACACACACACACACACACACACACACACACACACACACACACAUGCAUAAAUAUAGCAGAUUAUGUUGACAGGGGUUCAGCAGAUAUUAGUGUGACUAUAACUGAAGUUGAUAUGAGGCAGGUUGGCAUUUGAAAGCGAUUUGCUUGUUUGUUGGAGAAUUGUUAUCAGGAAAAUCACUCAAGGCUAACAGCAGUGAUGUAAUCAACACACUAACGUGAUUUAUUUUACCAUUAAACAUCUGCAGCUGCAGAAUACCAUUGAGCUUUUAACAAAGUCUGAAAGUAAAUGCAACUUGAAAUUCCUACAA